AUGCGUACCUCACGACUUCUUUUAAAUGCAACCUUUAAUACUAUAAUAGAGAGCAAAGAAGCACGCCGAAAGGAACGUUUGCUGGAGAUUUACUCUAUCUAUAACUCCCUCUCACCAGAAGAAAAAGUUAAAAAGGCAUUUUCUGGAGAAAUGUGGUUGGGAGCCACUAAUAUCUUCAAAGAUGAGCAACCAUUGGCAAAUAUCUAUCAUUUAGGUUACUUAGAUUCUUUAUCCACAAGUAUUGUACCACAGCUUUCUAAAAACCAUGCCAUCUGGGCAAAUUAUCGUCUUUCAAAUACUCACCACAGCACAAGCAUUGAGGGAAAUACUUUAUCGCAAAAAGACUGCGAAAUCCUCUUUGACUCAUUCGGCACUUACUCUUCUGAACAACUAAUGGGUGUAUCACAACAAGAUUUCAGUCAGAUUUUGCAAAAAGAAGCAACCACAAGAGAAUGUCUAGAAGUACUGUUCCACCACCAUGCUUUCCAAUAUAUUUCUAAAUUAGAGGAACAACCACUAAGCCAUUUUAACGAAAAUCAGUUGCUUAAUAUUCACACCGAACUUUUUGGGAAGAGUAAAUGUUAUUGCAAUGUUGAAGGUUUUAUGGAAUCGAAUUAUAGACUCAUCCCAAUUCGUGUCAAGGGUUCUGAAACUGUUAGACCCUACCCUCAGGAGGUACCUCAAAUCAUGAAACAAUACUUUGAGUGGUUCCAUUUGAAUAGAGAAAGAGUUGAUAAUGGAAUAUUACAUCCUGCACUCUUUUCCAUUCUAGCACAUUGUAAAUUUCUUCAUAUUCACCCAUUUCUGGAUGGGAAUGGAAGAACUGCUCGAUUAUUGAUGAAUAUGAUUCUUAAUAGAUAUGGACUAUUUGAUAUUACUGUACAAAAGAAAUGCAGAACAAAAUAUUUGGAACUACUAGAAGAGCACCAGAAUGGCCUCACCGAACCGUUUCAUAAUUUUAUGGUCCAACAAAUAAUACAAACAAUCAAAACUGUUUCUAAACAUGCCAUUGUUUAUUGA